UUUGAUCCCAGAACAGGCGAGCUAGUGGUGGUUCUUAACCCGCAACUCCGCAUCAUGAGUAACUCUCUGAUCAAAAUCAAGUAAGUCUCUCUCUCACACAGCACAUAUACGAUAUCCCGAGAAUUUGAAUCAUUAAUGACUCAAACAUUAAACCCUUGAUUUCCUUGAUUUUUGUUGCUUACCUAUCUAUCUAUCUGUAUCCCGAAAUAAGGAUGUAUUAUAGGCGAGCAGGCAGUAAAUUGAGCAAUCUCUACCUGCUCAGAGUAAACCCUUAUCAAGCCUCAUCGUCUAUUCCCCGUAUUCAUAGAGUAUUAUAUGAUGAAAAGGAGACACAAUUUCAAUUUUCACAAAUUUUUAUGAGAAACUCAUUUCUCUCGAGAGCCUUCUGCUCUGGAAAUAAGAGAACGACUGAGUGGACAGAAGAAAACAUAGUAUAUCUGGAUGAAACAGGCGAUGUUAUAUUUUCAGGAAAGGGGGGUGUUCGUUCUGUUGAACCAGGGGUUGAUGAUCAUGUAAUGGUUGGUGGGUUAAAGAAAACAUUUUCUAAUGAUUCUGCUAUUACUAAGAUUGUAGAGAUUGUCAAGAGAUGGAAAUGGGGACCUGAAAUGGAAACCCAAUUGGAUAAACUUUAUUUUGUACCAAACAUGUCUCAUAUAAAUCAAGCAGUCAAAGAAAUAGGAGACACAGAUGCUUCUCUUAGUUUAUUCCGAUGGACGAAGAGGCAAUCAUGGUACUCCCCAAUGGAUGAGAUGUACGCCUCACUGUUUGAUAAAUUGAAUCAGAAAAGAGAUUAUGAAGGAUUGCAAUCUUUAUUUGAUGAGAUGGUUCGUGAUAAAAAAGAUGAUGAUCGUAAAGAUGAGACUUCCUCAUUUACAGCUUACAAUCGGGUGAUUCAACAUUUAGCCAAGGCUGGGAAAUUGGAGGUUUCAUUCUGCUGUUUCAAGAAGAUUCAAGAUUCAGGUUGCAAAAUUGAUACACAGACUUACAAUUCGUUAAUAACCUUGUUUUUGACAAAGGGUUUGCCUUAUAAGGCAUUUGAAAUGUACGAGAUGAUGGAAGAGGCUAAAUGUUCUUUGGAUGUGGCAACCUAUGACCUAAUGAUACCAAGCUUGGCAAAAUCAGGCCGACUCGAUGCUGCUUUUAAGCUUUUCCAAGUGAUGAAAGAGAAGGGUUUUCGUCCGAAUUGCUCCAUUUUUUCGUCCCUCAUUGAUUCGAUGGGUAAGGCCGGGAGGUUAGAUAUGUCAAUGAAGGUUUACAUGGAAAUGCAAGGUUUUGGGCUCAGGCCGGCGUCUGCCACGUAUGCGUCUUUGAUUGAGUCUUUUGUUAAGGCUGGGAAACUAGAAACUGCGUUGAAGCUCUGGGAUGAGAUGAAGAAGUCAGGUUUUCGACCUAAUUAUGGAUUGUACACAAUGAUCACCGAGUCCCACGCAAAGUCUGGAAAGCUAGAAACUGCAAUGUCUGUUUUCUCGGAUAUGGAGAAGGCUGGGUUCUUACCAACGCCAUCCACUUAUUCUUGUCUGUUGGAAAUGCAUGCUUCCUCGGGUCAAGUUGAUUCUGCUAUGAAGCUAUAUAACUCGAUGACAAAUGCAGGUCUUAGACCCGGACUCAGCACAUAUACCUCACUUUUAACUGUACUAGCAAAUAAGAAGCUAGUGGAUGUGGCAGCCAAGAUAUUACUUGAAAUGAAGGCAGUGGGAUUUGCAGUAGAUAUUAGUGCUAGUGAUGUUUUAAUGAUCUACAUUAAGGAUGGGGCAGUUGAUCUUGCUUUGAGGUGGCUACGAUUCAUGGGUUCAUCUGGGAUUACAACAAACAACUUCAUUAUCAGGCAGCUCUUUGAAUCUUGUAUGAAGAAUAGAAUGUAUGAGUCAGCUAAACCCCUUCUUGAUACUUAUGUUAACGCAUCUGCGAAGGUGGAUCUCAUCCUAUACACAUCAAUUUUGGCUCAUCUUAUACGGUGCCAGGAUGAGCAGAAUGAGAGGCAUUUGAUGUCGAUCUUGAGUGCAACUAACCAUAAAGCACAUUCUUUUAUGUGUGGACUCUUCACAGGCCCAGAGCAGAGGAAAAAACCAGUGUUGUCUUUUGUUAGGGAGUUCUUCCAGGAAAUUGAUUUCGAGCUGGAAGAGGGUGCUGCCAGGUACUUUGUUAAUGUUCUCCUUAAUUAUCUUGUGCUUAUGGGUCAAAUAAAUAGAGCUCGGUGUGUGUGGAAAGUUUCCUAUGAGAAUAAACUUUUCCCGAAGGCAGUAGUCUUUGAUCAGCACAUUGCUUGGUCCCUAGAUGUUAGAAGCUUAUCUGUUGGGGCUGCUCUUAUUGCUGUUGUGCACACCCUUCACAGGUUUAGGAAGCGAAUGUUGUAUUAUGGUGUUGUUCCUAGACGUAUCAAAUUGGUUACAGGUCCUACUUUGAAAAUUGUCAUAGCACAGGUUCUAAGCUCGGUAGAAUCCCCAUUUGAAGUCAGUAAAGUUGUUCUGAGGGCCCCAGGAGAUUCUGUCUUGGAAUGGUUCAAGAAGCCAAUUGUUCAACAAUUCCUUUUGAAUGAAAUCCCAUCCAGAUCAGAUAUUCUCAUGCACAAGUUAAACAUGUUGUUUCCUAGUUCUGCACCUGAAAUUAGAUCUCUUUCCCCUCCUAAGCCACUGGUUAUGGUUAAGGAUAUGCAAUAUUAAAUUGUAGUCAAGAUGAUUUAUAGGUUAUAUAAUGGGAGAAAAGGGGUAACUGGUUCCUUCUUUUAUAUUUUAUUAUUUUUCUUUUACUUCUGAUCUAUAAUUUGUAUGUCUUAGUUUAUUUGAUUUACUGAGUUAGCAUGAAACAUCACCAUCAAAACUUAAAACUCUAAUACAGUGUUUUUUGGGCAUAAAGGGUCCUGUAAAAAUUCCAUUCUUGCUGAACUAUCAUCUUGUCAUCUUCUACAAACAUCUCAAGAAACAAACAUGUGCUUUUUAUUUU